GAUAUAAUUGUAGCUAGCCAGAAUUGUUUCACACACUUGAAGCCAUUUCUCAUCAAUGGCUACUCUAGCUGUGCUAGUUCUAUGCUCAAUUCUAAUCUCAAUCAUGGCUUCUGCACAAUCUCACACAUACAUUGUCCACAUGGAUUCUUCAGCCAUGCCCAAAGCCUUCUUUGAUCACCACAAAUGGUAUUUGGCAACCCUUUCAUCUCUAUCAGACGGUGUCAACGCUGAGGCAACUACCAGUACUACCACAAAGCUCAUUUAUACCUAUACUAAUGCAAUUCAAGGCUUCAGUGCAACUCUCACACUUUCUGAGCUUGAAUCCCUCAAAAGCUCCCUUGGCUUCAUUUCAUAUAUUCGUGAUCGCCCCCUUAAACUUCUCACCACCCGCUCUUCUCGGUUCCUUGGUCUAACACCCUUGUUUGGCGCUUGGCCUGCUUCGAAUUAUGGUGAGAAUGUCACAAUUGGUGUAAUUGACACCGGAGUUUGGCCCGAGAGUGAGAGCUUCAAUGAUGAAGGAAUGACUCAAAUCCCCUCUAGAUGGAAAGGAAAAUGUGAAUCCGGCACCCAAUUUAGCUCUUCCUUGUGCAACAAGAAACUCAUUGGGGCCCGGUUUUACUAUAAAGGCUUUAUUGCAGAGAAUCCAGACUUAAAUAUAUCAAUGAAGUCAGCCCGCGAUACAAAUGGACAUGGAACACACACUUCCUCUAUUGCUGCUGGCAAUUAUGUAAAGGGCGCAUCCUAUUUUGGCUAUGCUACUGGCACAGCUGUAGGCGUGGCACCAAGAGCUCGAAUAGCAAUGUACAAAGUGGGUUGGUAUGGGGAGAUAUCCGGAUCUGAUGUUAUUGCUGCCGUAGACCAAUCAAUUCAAGAUGGGGUGGACAUAUUAUCUCUUUCCUUGGGUUAUAGCUUGGAUGAAUAUUUGUAUCAUGACAUAAUUGCAAUAGCGACUUUUGCAGCCAUGAAUAAGGGAAUUUUUGUUGCAGUUGCAGCCGGAAAUGAUGGCCCUGGCUAUGGUACCUUAGUCAAUGGAGCACCAUGGGCAGUGAUAGUUGGUGCAGGAACUAUCGAUCGCCAGCUCGGAGGAAUUUUAACCUUGGGAAAUGGUAUGAAAAUCACUUUCCCAUCCUUGUAUCCAAGGAACUUCUCUAGAGAUACUCAGUUGCCACUUGUUUUUAAUGGCUGUCAAAGUGUGAUGGAACUGAAGAAACUCAAAGGCAAGAUUGUUGUUUGCAAAGACAACAUGAGCAUAGAUGUUCAAGUUGAGAAUGCAAAGUCUGCAAAGGUUUCAGGAGUUGUUUUCAUAUCCAAUGCUACCUUGUCAGAUUAUGAUACCAUAAACAUAUUUCCAGCGGCAGUUAUUGGUGACCAAGAUGGCAAACUGGUAGUAGACUAUAUUAAGCAAAGUAGUAAUCCUAAAGCAAUUUUGGAAUUCAGGAAAACAGUCAUUGGUACAAAACCUGCACCAAGGGUUGACGAUUACAGUUCCAGAGGGCCAUUUCCAAGCUGCCCAACAAUUCUGAAGCCAGACAUUUUAGCCCCUGGAUCAUUAAUCUUGGCAUCAUGGUCCCCAACUAGUUCAGUAUCUGAAGAUCAGUCAAGCCCUUUGUUUAGUAACUUCAAUCUUGACACAGGGACUUCAAUGUCAGCGCCUCAUGUGGCCGGUGUGGCUGCGCUUAUCAAAUCUGUGCAUCCUGAUUGGAGCCCUGCGGCUAUUAGAUCAGCUCUUAUGACCACGGCGAAUCCAUUAGACAACACUCACAGCCCUAUCAAAGACACUUACGGAAACCUCAUUGCAAGCCCUUUAGCCAUUGGAGCAGGACACAUCAAUCCCAACAAGGCUCUUGAUCCAGGACUAGUCUAUGAUGCAGCAGCAGAUGACUACAUAAAGCUUCUAUGUGCAAUGAAAUUCACAGCAAAGCAGAUACAAAUUAUCACAGGGUCCAUUUAUAAAUGUGCCAAUAGGUUCAACAUUGAUAUUAAUUACCCGUCUUUCAUUGCUUACUUUAACAGUAACGGGUCAAAUUCGGAUGCAAAAGUUGUGCAAGAGUUCAAGAGGACACUAACAAAUGUGGGAGAGGAACAGUCCAGUUACAUUGUGAAUCUUACAGCCUUGGCUGGUUUGAAAUUGAAGGUGGAGCCACAGAGGUUGGUGUUCACAAAGAAGUAUGAGAAGCUAAGGUACAAGCUGACUAUGGUAGGUCCAAAAUUGUUGAAAGAAGAUUUGGUUCAGGGCUCACUUAGUUGGAUUGAUGAUGGUGGAAAAUAUGUAGUGAGAAGUCCAAUAGUGGCCACAAACAUAGUGCCAGAUUCUCUGAUAAGGGAUUAACUAGCUGUUGGUAAGCAUAAAUUAUGAUAUAUAUCUGUAAGUGUUGUUAGAAGGUUGUACAUGGGAACCGGAAAAGAAGAUCAAAUAUGAUCAAAAUAAAAGGUUUGGUGCUCCGUCCUGUUAUUCUUAACGUCCUAGCUAGUUGCUAUCAUCUCACGCUUGAUUUUGAGCUAAUUCCUGGUUUAAAGUCAAAAUCCACUUGUAUUUAUUCUCAUCAUACUCAUCCCAUA